AUGGUCCAUAUCACGUCAGUACUGUGCAGAUUUGUGGACUUGACUCGAAAUGUAGCGGCAGAGAACAUACUAUGGAUCAUCCUCGCGGCUUCUGUUGGAACCAUUUACUUCCUUCGGUUCUCUCCCAAACUUCCUCUCCCGCCCAGUCCUCCUACGAAUGUAUUAUCAGGCAAUGUUCGCCAAUUGCCGCAGACAGAGCCAUGGAAAGCCUUCGGGGAAUGGUCGAAGUUGUAUGGGAGCCCUCUGGUGUCAUUUCGGGUCUAUAAUCGCCGCACUGUUGUGCUCAAUACUUACAAAGCUGCCGCGGAUCUUCUGGAUGUGCGGUCGAGCAUCUACUCUGACAGACCUUUUACAUGGUUCUAUGGCGAACUGGUUGGACGGAAGAUGAACGUUUUCCAGAUGUCCAGCCAGAACCCCCGUUUUAAAGUGUACCGCCGUACACUGAACAGCGGUCUUAAUCCACGGGCCGUCCAAGGAUACAGAGAUUUGCAGGUGCAGGAGGUCCAUGUGCUUCUUCGAGGUUUAGCUACGUCACCUGAAGACUUCCUGGCUCAUCUCCGCAGAAAUGCUGGAGCAGUAGUUCUGAAGCUGGCAUACGGCUGGAACGUCGAGGGGAAUGACGAUUAUUUUGUCUCUCUCAUGGAGGAGGCCUUUCAAAUAUCAGCUCAAAUUGUGAAGCCCGGCGGAUGGCUUGUUGACGCCAUACCCAUAUUGCGAUUCGUUCCAUCUUGGUUCCCAGGAGCACGUUUCAAGCGUCAGGCCGCGGAGGCUCGGGAACACUUCAGCAAAAUCGACACCGUGCCUCACAUGUGGGCCAAGAACCAAAUUGAAUCGGGCCACUACACAGAAUCGUUCACUUCACAGCAUCUCAAAAGGGAGGACGGCCGUCCGCUCACUUCCGACGAAGACGACAUUGUCAAGUGGUGCACUGCAGCCUUAUACGCGGGAGGGGCGGACACAACGGUCGCUGCGAUGACAACUUUCAUACUCCGCAUGGCCCUUCAUCCCCACGUGCAGCAAAGAGCGCAAAAGGAAGUUGACGACAUCAUUGGCAAAGAUCGGCUUCCCGAGCCUGCGGACGAGAAGAGGCUUCCGUAUGUUACAGCACUCAUUAAAGAAAUACUCCGUAUUUCCCCUGUCGCACCCCUUGGGCUUACGCAUCGUGUGACCCAAGAUGACGAGUACCUCGGAUAUUGUAUACCCAAGGGAGCCUCUAUCGUCCCGAACAUAUGGGCAAUCAUGCACAAUCCUGAGCUAUAUCCGGAUCCAAUGGUGUUUAGCCCCGACCGCUUCAUGGAACCGCUAAAUCAAAUGGAUCCUCGCAAGGUUGCCUUUGGUUUCGGGAGAAGAGUCUGUCCCGGCGCCUACUUCGCGGAGACCGCUAUGUUCCUCAACAUUUGUAGCAUUCUGUCAGUAUUCACGAUACUUAAGCCAUUAAAUGAGAACGGGAAAGAAGUAGACCCACUGGUUGAGUACACCACCGGGAUCACUAGCCAUGCAAAACCUUUCCAUUGCCGGAUCGUUCCUCGCGCCGCCUCGCCAUUAUUGUCGCAUGUGAUAAACUCGUGA